GCAAAAGCGAAAAUCAAAACAAGGUCCAAAGCAACCGUUUAAACUUCCUUCUUAAAUCCUCAUUUUCCACUGGAACCCCACCAUUGGAUUCUUCUAGAAAACACUUUGAGAGAGUUUCAGUGAUGGAUCCGGAUCUCUCGCUCCUGGAGAUCUCGGGCGAAGAUGAUUCUCUGCUGCUAAUUCCAAACGACGACGCUUCGAUGCUUAGCAGCAGCAGCAGCAGCAGCAACAAUAACAACAACAACUAUUUCUUGUGCUCGCCUCUCCAAAUCCACGGAUCUAAGCGUUCCGUUCAUCCUCCUUCUCUUGGCCCUCCAAUUGUGGAGGGUAAGGUAGGCGGUGAGAAUGCUGAAAAACCAUGCUCUUCAUUGGUAACAGAUAGUAUUAACAAAGAGAACAUUAAUGCAAACAAAUCAGAAGUUCCGAAACUCUGUAUGGAGCCGCAGCAAAUGAAGAGGAGGAAAAAGGGUGGAGGAUACAAUUUGCGGAAAAGUUUGGCAUGGGACCGAGCCUUUUUUACCGAAAAAGGUGUUUUGGAUCCCUUAGAGCUAUCUAUGAUUAGUGGAGGUUUUAGUAAGGUUGGUGAGGAAAUGUUGCCUGGUAUCCCUGAAGAAGGGAGAGAAUCAUUGUCUGGUGAAUUGGAUUGUACACGUGAUUCCGCAGAUUUGCAAGCACUUGAAGAAAAUUUGUUCAAGGAAUUGUCGACAAGUUCUCUGAACGAAGAUAGAAAGAGAGGUUGUUGCUUGUUGCCAAAGCAUGGUUCAGCUGCUAGAGAUAAUGUGUCCCCAGCAUCUCAGGCCAAGACAAAGGUGCUUUUAUCCCACGAGAUUAAUAGAAGUGGGUCUAAACGAAGUGGAUGCCCACGACCGGCGGUUUCCUCUUCUCUGAAAAGGCCUGCUAAUCUGAGCACAAAUAAAGCAGCAACUAAAGCACCUAAGGUUUCUAAAAUACCUGUUCCAAAGCCAGAUUCCUCUGUGCUUUCUAGGACUACAAAGGGUACUUCACUAAGUGCAAGCAACUCAAAGCGUAAUCAGAUUGCUCAACCAGGUGUAGCAGUUAAUGUUCAGAGGAAGAUUGAAUCAAAGGCCUCCUCGGGCAAUAACAGAAGUGCUCAAAACAAUUCUAAAGCUGGCCCUGCUAACAAGUCUUUAACUGUCGGAACUUCUAUUAGACAAGCUAGGAGAAAUGUGGUCAGUUCAGCAUCGGAAAAACAUCGGUCAACUAAUUUUCAGUGUCCUCCGGUUACCGCAGCGACUAAAGGCUUAGAGGUCAUGCCAGAUCCAUUAGGUCCUUCCACUAGUCACAAGCCAAACAGUCAUGAUUGUGGAGGCAAUAAAAUUGCAGUUUCUCUCCCUCAAAAUGCUUGCUAUGCUGGUGGAAACAUGCUUCACGCACAACUGCAAACAGCAAAACCCUCAGGUUUACGGAUGCCAUCACCAUCGCUGGGUUUUUUUGGCCAGCCAAAAGCUUCUUCUUUGCGUUGCCCAUUACAGAAAAGUUCUCAACCAGACAAGUUUGAGUCUAAUAUUCCUAAUUUUAGAAAACCUGGCGCCAUAAACCACAUUCAUGCUCUGAGGCCCCCAACUCACCCUGGGAAAAUUCCCAAUGUGGUCAAUGAUGUGAGAACAAUUGGAAAUAUGGAGGUCUUAUGCUCAAGCUUGGAAUGCUCAGUUCCAUCUACUGUUAACCCUGCUUCACAUAAUAGGCAAGAUGAAAAGAUGAAAUCUGUCUUGAAAAUGAAUAAUAGGCAGAAGGUGGAAGCGAAGGUGCCAUGCCAAGCAAUAAAAAGUCAGCAACAGCUUCAUAGCAUUAUUGAUGAUGUUUACCAGCAAGUUCUGGAACGUGCAGAACCAUAUAAAGCUGGAAUGAUUUCUCAUAGUGAGGACAUAGAAUUGCAGAAAAUUGAUGACAAAUUCCUCUUACAGGGAGCACCCUGUGGGCAGUUGGACAAAUCUGAUGACAACAAGAAGGUCGCUGAUGUUUGCCUGAGAAAUAGAGAUUUAAGUGGGACUGAAUUGGAAAAUCACCCUUUAAUUUCUUGUCUUAGUCCUGCAGUACUAGAUAAAGGUGUUUCUGGGACAAAUGACUUGAUUGAUCACCAAGCUGUAGAAGACCAACCAUAUAAUUUGGCAAUUAAGAACGGUGGUGCUUUUUCAGGGUCAAACUCUGGAGCUACCAGUUACAGUACAUGGAGUAGUUUAAAAGCAAAGGUGCCAUGUCAAGCAAUAAAAAAUCAGCAACAGCUUCAUAGCAUUAUUGAUGAUGUUGACCAGCAAGUUCUGGAACGCGCAGAACCAUAUAAAGCUGAAAUGAUUUCUCAUAGUGAGGACAUAGAAUUGCAGAAAAUUGAUGACAAAUUCCUCUUACAGGGAGCACCCUGUGGACAAUUGGACAAAUCUGAUGACAACAAGGAGGUCGCUGAUGUUUGCCUGAGAAAUAUAGAUUUAAGUGGGACUGAAUUGGAAAAUCACCCUUCAAUUUCUUGUCUUAGUCCUGCAGUACUAGAUAAAGGUGUUUCUGGGACAAAUGACUUGAUUGUUCACCAAGCUGUAGAAGACCAACCAUAUAAUUUGGCACUUAAGAACGGUGGUGCCUUUUCAGGGUCAAACUCCGGAGCUGGCAGUGGUGAUUGGCUAAGCAGUGCACAUAAGGUCAAGGAACAAUCUGGGGAACAAGCUGAGUUGAUGAAGCCUUUCACCUGUAAAGAUGAUAAAAUUUCUAGUGAGAGUCAGAGGUUAUGGGCAAAUGAUUCUUGUCUCAUGGAGGAUAGUGGAGCUCCCGAAGAGUCCCAGAAAUUCAGUUGUAUAGCAGAUGUCAGCCCAAAAGUCCAAGAUUGUAUUGAAUUGGAAAGAUCUCAUGGUCAGUCUCUCUAUAUGUAUGUGGAGCAGGCAAACAAUGAUGGUAGUAAAGAUGAUAAAACCAGUAGGAAAUCACCUGUGGGAGAUGUGCAAGUGGAGUCUUUAGAUGGUGAUAUGUCAGAUGCUACCGACAAAAGUAGCCUGAGCACUUCAACAGUGGAUAAUCAACUGUUAGUGAUUGUUGAUGAAGUAAAUAAAAGAUGUGGAGAAGAACCGGAGCUCCGUCAGAGUAUUGAGUCUGUUAUACUGGAAGCAAGUGGUGCUUGUGAAAGUAAAUCAGAAAGUUCAAGUACUCUUUGUCUGAUACCAGCUGCAAUACAAGCUUGUGGACAUGACAUGGCUAGGAUAGUGGAGUGCCAAUAUGUGGAGGAUGCUCCAUUAAUUUGUGUGGACAGCAAGCCAGUGGUUGAAAAUUAUAAUUCUUCUAUUGAUACACAGUUUAGACAUGACAUGGAGCUCCACGGUCAAGUUAGCUCAAUGGAAUUGGAUAUGAUGGGUGAAAAUCAUAUACCUGUGAAUGGUUGUCCAAAAAGUGGAGAUUUUAGCACGCAUGAAUUGGAAAAUCCUCACCUGGCGUGCCAUUUAAGCCCUGCAGUGCAAGUUGAGGGUGGUUCUGGGAUAGAUGAUGCAAUUCAACGAGAAGAUAUGGAAGAGAAAAAAUGCACUUUGUCAACUAAAAAUCCCCAUUCCAUCUCUGAGUUUCAGACUGGAGAUGACAGUGGUGGCAGUUAUCAGGACACUUCAAUACUGCACAUUGAUGUGUUGAGUGGCAAGCACAGCACCAACGAACACUCUGUGGAACGAGCAAAACUGAUUUUGCCUUUCCCUUGUGAAGCUGGUACAAUAUCUUAUGAGGAGAAUAAGAGUCCGGUGACAUAUCAUAGCCUUUUGUUUGUGAAGAGUCCGUCUUUUGGAGGCUCCGUGAAACUCAAUGGCAGAACUAUGGCAGAUAAUUCAAAAGUCAAACGUUCUGGCGGAAGUGGAUUGGAAAGUCCCCGUGGUCUAUCUGAACAUAAAGACGUGGAUCAAGCAACUAAAGAAGUUGGAGUUAAUGACAUGUUUAAGGAAUCACAUGUAGUGCAGUCCCCAGAUGGCAGCAUAUUAUUUGACUGUUGCAGCAGUAGUGCGAGUAUUUUAGGAGUAAAUAAUGAGUGUCAAAUGGUGGUUGAUGAUGUAAAUGGCCAAUCUGGACAUCCUGAGCUUCCAAAUUCUAUCCUUGUAGUAGAGCGAGUUUCCCAGCAUAAUAAUCAUCAAUUGUAUUUAAAUGAUGACUUGUUGCUUGCAAACACCACUCCCGGGGAACUCAAGAAGGAAAAUGAUUUCAGUGUUUUAGAACAAUCUGAGGUUUAUGGAAGUGAAUCAAAAAGUGUCAAGCUUUUUUCUCAUGUAACCCCUGCUUCGCAAGACAAUGGUCUGGAUGCAGAUCAGGAGGCUGAGUGCUUACACAUAGACGAUGCAGUGACAUGUUCUAUUAACAUUGAGCCGGUUGAGCAUCCUGAGCAUUAUAGUGAUGCAAAGUUCUGGCAUGACAAUGGCCUAAGCGGUGAAGCAUCUUCUUUGGAAACUGCAAAAUUGAGCACAGAUCAAAUUUCAGGGGCGGCGGCCAUUUGCAACUCUAAGGCCUUUUGUUCUUUGAAAGAAGAAUCAGGGUUAUCUGUCAUAAGUGUUCAGGCAUCAGAAAGUGGCAAUGUAUUGAAGAAUGGAAGUUUGGCAGGGGAAGCUGAAACUAGUAUCUCUCAGAUCUGUGAGAUGCAGCAAGACUUGGACCAGGUCACAUACGCCACAGAAGAUAAGGAUGCAACAGUACAGCUGAGGAAACCUAAGGAUGAUGAGAAGGAAGAAGCUCUUGUGGUAAAACCUCCAACUCAUGCUGUUCCGUUCUCUGAUGAAUGGUUGGCUGCAUUCGAAGCUGCUGGAGAGGAAAUUCUAACAUUGAAAAGUGGUGCUGUACAAAAUUCACCUCCUGACAAGUCUCCACAUGAACCUGGUCCUUGGUCCCCGGUGAAAAAGAAAAAUAACCAAGGGAUCGGACCAUUUGACUGUACUAAAUACACCAAUGUCCCAUCUUCUAGUUCCCAAUAAUUCGAGGGCUACGAUGGUUCACUAACACGACUUGACUGAUUUAGAAUCGCGCAAUAUUAAUUUUGGGCAAAAAUAACUGCCACGUACGGUUAAUGGCUUGCUUUGAAAAAAUGAGUCGAAGAAAUUCUUUUGUCCUCUUUUUUAUUUCUUGUACAACGACUAAUUGAAUGUAAAUUCAGCACGAUUGAUCUGUAGUUCAUUGUUUUGAUGAUUAAUCUACAGAAUUUUACAUAUAAUUGACAUUCGGUAAA